AUGACGGACGCUCACCAAUCACCUUUGUUGCUGCUGCCUCUCAAAACGACAGAAGAAGUCGACCUGGGCUCAGCAGUCAAGUCGCUCAUCUCUAACAGCUAUGGUGAAGAUCCAAAGAAGUACUCGGAACAAACCUCUACACUCAAUCGUGCUCGUCAAGAUGCCGUGCGAGGUGCAGCAUCCGAUGCAACAGGUCGUGAUCUACUCUUCAAGUGGUUCCACAUGCUCGAGAUGCUCGAGCUGCGCUUCCCUGAACUCCGUGUUCCGUUCCUAUGGAAGGAUGCUUUCACGCAAAAAGCCAUCUCACAGUCCAGCUUGGCUUACGAGAAAGCAAGUAUCAUCUUCAACAUCGCUGCUACGCUCUCCUCGCUCGCAUCCUCCCAGCCACGUAUGUCGGGGAACGCUGACGGUCUCAAACGUGCCUACACUGCGCUGAGACAGGCAGCUGGAAUGCUGAGCUACAUCAACGAAAACUUUCUCCACGCACCAAGUACGGACAUGAGCAAGGACGUCGUCAAGUGUCUCGUUGGCAUCACACUCGCUCAAGCCUCCGAGAUAUUCCUGGAAAAGACGAUCGAAGAGAAAAAGGCACUCGGUCUCAUCUCCAAGCUCGCGAGCCAGACCGCUGCUGCGUACACAGGACUGGUAGAGGACACGCGCGAGAACGUCACAAAGGGUGUUUUUGAACGAUCUUGGAGUUACCUCGUUCAGACGAAAGCGAAGCACUUUACUUCAGUCAUGCAGUACUACAGAGCGCUCGCAGAUGAUGCUGCUGGAUCGCACGGUGCUUGUCUUGUGCGAUUGACUGUGGCAGAGACGGUUGCAAAGGAGGCACGUAAUCUUGUGAAUACAUUCAACGCUUCUGCUGGAGCUAGUACUACGUCGGAACGUCCUUCGUUGCCUACAGAUGCUGGAUCUGCGCUGGUCGCUAUCGUCAAUGCUCAAGUCACACGUUGCAGCGAACGUAAGGAAACGGCGGUCAAGGACAACGAUCUUAUCUAUCAUGAUAUUCUCCCAUCCGAAUCCUCGCUUCCUGCUGUCGACAAGCUCGUCGCUGCCAACCCAAUUGCGAUCCAAGAGAUCUUUGCAGCUCCCGAAGUGCAGCGCGUUAUCGGACCCGAUCUCUUCCAGAAUCUCGUACCGCUUGGCGUGCAUGAGAAGGCAUCACUGUAUUCGGAGGAGAAGGCAAAGAUCGCACGUGCUGAAUCUGAGCGUCAUGAUCUCGCAACAGGCGAGCUACAGGCUUCCCUCGAUUAUCUAGACUUGCCUGCAAGUCUCAAAAAGUACCGUGCACUAGCACAGGGUAGCGGUAGCAGUGCAAUGCUGGACUCGCUCGCCGACCCUGGAGCAGAAGUUAUGCGUUGGUCAAGCGAGGAAGCAGAAGGAGGGGGUGGCAGAGGUGCUGACGGUCUAGGUGUCGGAGCAGCUGGUGUUGACUCUGCGCUGCAAAAGAUCGAGAAUAUGAAGUCGCAAGCAAAGAACGAUAUCGAUGCAGCGCUUACCGCACUGGAUGACGAGAAUCGAGAGUGCGAGAAGCAACGUGUUCGAUUUGGUCACAAGUGGAAUCAAGAUCCCGCCGGACUUCAUACCAAGGACAUGCGCACCAGCUUGAAGGAGAACAGGGAAGCUAUGCUUCAAGCUUCACUGAACGAUGCGCAGAUUGGGGAGCUGUGGAGGUCGAUCCGCGAAGAUGUGCAGUUGCUGGUCUCGGGCAGAGAGGCGCUGGAAGCUGCUUUUGCUGCAGCGCUUACUGGUCAGACGGGAUUGUAUGGAGGAUCGAACAAUCAGACUUCGCUGAUCGAUGUUUCGGCAGAGGAAGAGCAGGCUACGGAAAGCGAGAUCGCUUCGGUCAAAGCUAAGCUGACACAGAUCGACGAAGCACUUCUCAAACUCAAUAAGAUCAAGAAGGAGCGCAGCGAAGUUCUCGCCGAUCUCAAGGAAAAGAUUCAGACCGAUGACAUCUCGCAAGUACUCGUCCUCAACCGGCGGGCACAGAACGUUGACUCUUCCAUCUUUGCGGCUGAACUGGAAAAGUUCAAGCCGCACCAGAACAGAAUUGCUGUCAGCUUGCACCAUCAACAAGCAUUGCUUGCCGAGGUCGAUGCUGCGUUCAAGGAGCUUUCCGAGCUUCCGGCUAGCAAGGCCGCUGGUGCGAAGUGGGACGAGAAGGAAAAAGCGAGGAACAGAUUGGUUGCUAGAUUGAGGAAGGCUAGGGAUAGUAACGCCCAGGUGAGGGCAGGGGUUGCAAAGGGUUUACAGUUCUAUGAAGAGUUGGAGGGGAUUGUGAAGAAGCUUAGGGGUGAUGUGAAUCGGUAUGUCGGGGAGAGGAAGGUGGAGAGGCAGAGAUUGAUGAGUGAGUUGGAGUGGGAGGAGAAAGGAAGUGCUGGUGCUGGAGAUCGUUUAGCAUCGAGCAUGGCUGGGUUGAGUGGGUUGGGCGGUGCCAGCGGUGGACCCCCGCCGCCACCGGCUCCUCAUCGACAGACGAGCUCCAACUAUGGUGGUAGUGCGUAUGGAGGCGGAACGCCGGGACCGUUGUCGCCCGGCCCUCCGCCUCCACCCUUGCCCGGAGUACAGAGUUCGCACUCUGGCUAUCAGCAGCCAUCUUACCAGAAGCAUCAGCCUCCUCCUCCGCCGGCCGCAGCAUCAACGCACGACCCUUACGCAUCGAUGUUCUCUAGCGGCCCGUUCGGGGACAGCCGCGCUUCGCCUGCUCCCCAGCCUCCCCCUCAGCAGCAGCAGCGAGGUUUAGCUUCUUACGGUGGUCAGCUGGGAUAUGGCGGAGACAGCAUGGCAGGCCACCCUCCUCGAGCACCAUCAGGUGGAGGAGGCGUAGGGUUGCCUCCACCGCCUCAGCAGUUCCAGGCUAGCUUCUCUCCUGCACCUGCCGCUGCUUCGUCUAGUCAGAGUCGAUUCACCUCGCCUCCUCCGCCAGCAUCGCAAGGGUAUGGCCAGCAGCACGGCGGAUACGGCUCCAUGUCACCCGUUCCUUCUCAGCAGCAGCAGAGCUACGGUGGAGGAUACGGUGGACGAGACUACGCGUCGCCUCCUCCCCAAUCGCCGUCGCACUACAGCGCCCCGAUUCCUCAACAGUCACAGCAGUACGGUGGAUACGCUCCGCCGUCGUCACAACAGCAGCAGGUUGGACACGGUCAACCGCCUCAGCAUCAAGGAUAUGGCGCGCCUCAGCAGCAAGGAUAUGCGCAGCAAGGCGCGGGUCGUGGACCUCCUCCGCCGCCACCGCCCCAUCAGCAGCAGUAUCAUCAGCAGGGAGGUUAUCAGGGGGGAUAUCAGCCGCCAUACUGA